CCUCCCGGAAGAGGUGUCUUAGGUCAACAGGGGCCUUGGGCCACACGUAGGAUCAGAUUUUGGGCGUUGGUUCCGGGUCUCCUCCCAGUGUCCCAGAACCUCAACCACCGAGAGGUGGCAGGGAACCUAGUCCCUGGCAGGGUGGGGGCUGUUGUACUUGCGGGCCGAGCCGGGUCCCGGGGCGCGGAAGGGGCGCGCCAGCCCAGCGUCGCCGCCAAAGAAAGCUAGGGGUAGCGACGGCCAAUCAGCGGGCGGCGCGUGCGGCCGCGGCGCCCCUCGUGCCCCCGCGCCCCCCGCGCGCAGCGUACGUGCGGCGGCCGGCUCCUCCCAUCCAGGCGGGGCCUCGCGAAGCUGCGGGCGGCCGCCGCUGGCCCGGUAGCUGCUGCUGGUGCUGCUGCGGCGGCUGCACCCGCGGCACCCAGGCCGAGGCGGAGGCCGGGAGCAACUGGCUGACGUGCUCCACCCGUGCGGCUCAGCGGUGCCGGCCCCUGCGGCCGCUUGAGGUCUCGGCGGCUCCGUGCACAGCCCCGGCGACGAUGCGGCUGUUCCAGUGGCUGCUGAAGCAGCCGGUGCCCAAGCAGAUCGAGCGCUACUCGCGCUUCUCGCCGUCGCCGCUCUCCAUCAAGCAGUUUUUGGACUUCGGAAGAGACAAUGCCUGUGAGAAAACAUCAUACAUGUUUCUACGGAAGGAACUACCUGUGCGCCUAGCCAAUACCAUGAGAGAGGUUAAUCUUCUGCCAGACAAUUUGUUAAACCGGCCUUCGGUAGGCUUGGUACAGAGUUGGUACAUGCAGAGUUUCCUUGAGCUCUUAGAAUAUGAGAACAAGAGCCCUGAGGACCCACAGGUCUUGGACAACUUUCUACAGGUUCUGAUUAAUGUCAGAAAUAGACACAAUGAUGUGGUUCCUACAAUGGCACAAGGAGUGAUCGAAUACAAAGAAAAGUUUGGCUUUGAUCCAUUCAUUAGUAGUAACAUCCAAUACUUUCUGGAUCGGUUUUAUACCAACCGCAUCUCUUUCCGCAUGCUUAUUAACCAGCACACACUCCUAUUUGGCGGCGACACCAAUCCUGCUCACCCUAAACACAUCGGAAGUAUUGAUCCCACCUGCAAUGUCGCUGAUGUAGUGAAAGAUGCAUAUGAAACCGCCAAGAUGCUGUGUGAACAGUAUUACCUGGUUGCUCCAGAACUGGAAAUCGAAGAAUUUAAUGCCAAAGCUCCAGACAAACCUAUUCAGGUAGUUUAUGUGCCCUCACAUCUGUUUCACAUGCUAUUUGAGUUGUUCAAGAACUCAAUGAGAGCAACAGUCGAACUAUAUGAAGAUAGAAAGGAGGCUUACCCUGCUGUUAAGACACUCGUCACUCUUGGUAAAGAAGACUUGUCCAUUAAGAUAAGUGACCAAGGUGGUGGGGUCCCACUUCGAAAAAUAGAUCGUCUUUUUAACUACAUGUAUUCAACUGCUCCCAGACCCAGCCUCGAGCCCACAAGAGCUGCCCCUCUGGCUGGAUUUGGAUAUGGUUUGCCAAUUUCUCGUCUGUAUGCUAGAUAUUUUCAAGGAGACUUAAAACUCUAUUCCAUGGAAGGAGUGGGCACUGAUGCCGUCAUUUACUUGAAGGCUCUUUCAAGUGAAUCAUUUGAGAGACUUCCAGUCUUCAACAAGUCUGCAUGGCGCCAUUAUAAGACCACACCUGAAGCUGAUGAUUGGAGCAACCCCAGCAGCGAACCCCGAGAUGCUUCAAAAUACAAAGUGAAACAGGACAAGAUCAAGACCAAUAGAACUUUGUAGGGAGCUGAAAGCUUCAACAAGAUUGUCUUUCUCAAGUCAACUGAGAGAACUUUCCUCCAUCAACUCUGAGCGUGACACCAUAGUUCCAGUGCUUGACCGUGUGUUUUAUUCAUGCCAGCUGCUCCUUUUGAAGCCUCUCUGUAUCUACUCCAGAAUCUCCACGAAAGUAGCUUGGGUGAUUUUCCCCAAUAUGUUGCUGUGGUUUGGUCGAUGCCUGUCACAAGACAGCACCGAGCCUCCUUAGUACUCUGAUGUUCUCACACUUCUCAUUAGUCCACUGUCUACAAGGUCCUCGGGAUUCUAGAUUCUUUCCCCAGUCCAGUGGUGGCUUUCAGCUGUUCUUUGUGACCAAAUAUCAUGUUUGUCCCAAACCAACAAGUAAAGCUUAGAGAAUCUGGAAGUUGAAGACACCAGCCAAGUGUCUUGACUGUUCAUUCCUAGGGUCCUCUCUCAUAUGCCUCCCUUCUCACUCUGAGUUACCAUUCCCCUUUCGCCAUCUGAUCGUGUUCUUAUUAUGAGAUGUAGGUACUUUUGUGUUAGCUCUUACUCUUUGAUGCAUUGGUUUUAUUUUAAAAUUCUUUUGUAUACCUCCAUUCUGCCAAUUAAAGCAUUCCAAAAUGUGUCUUGGGAUUUUUCACUUAACUGCUUGGUUUCAAAGAUCUUAAGUGAAAAACUACUACUGACCAUUAUCAAUUUUAUAAAAAAUGGGAAGCAGAAUUUUUUUAUGCUUCUAUAAGACAUUUACUAGUCUAACAUUGUUUGUCUUAUUACUUUUCUUUGUCAUUUUGUAAGGAGUUGAAAAUCUCUGUGAUAUGCUUUACUACUUGUAAAAUAGACUGCUGAAGGGGAAAAAUUCUUCUAGCUUAUUUUGAGAAACGCCCUAGAUUUUCACUUUUAUGAAUUGUAACCAGUUUUAGAAUUGCCCAUCUGAUUUUCAUAAUCCCUUGCUUUUUGUUGAGGGUUGGAAUUGGCAAAGUAUUUGAGGUGAGGAGUUGUGUGUGUAUCCUUAGAAAGGAACUCAACUUCUACAGCUCCACAGAAUGAUGUUUUUGUAUGUAUCAUCUACUUUGAUUUCUGUCCUCUUUCAACAUCUGCCUAGCUACCUCCGUCCAAUUGUUUAAGUAUUGAGUUCCCUGGUGUGAAAGUUGUAACUUGUAAAGCUUCCCUCUGCCGCUGGUCACAAGCAGCCGCCCCACUCCUGCUGCCCGCAGGGUCUCCCCCUUGUGCUGCCCUCUGACUAGCUAUGCUUGAGUUAAGGGCAGCUCCAUUUCUUUUGGAUCAACUGAAUCUGAUUUUAUUUCAUUUUGUUUUGUUUCCUGAGCUCCUGGUAGCCUCCUUCAUCUUUAGAAAGAUCUCAUCAGAGAACACAGAGUCAGGAAAAAAGAAAAGACUGAUGUACUUCUAAACUAGAGGUUAUGGGAUGGGAGCGAAGCCAUUGUCUCAGAAGUAGGUUUGAUUCAUGUGGCUUAGCCAGACCUGUGUCACCCCAGGGUAGUUUUGCCUGUCUUUGUUUUACAGGUAGAGAAUUUAACCUGGAAUCCAAAGCAACUAUAAGAACAUUUUGCUUUCUCAAAUCUAAUGAUCCCCACAUAUUAAUGUCUCUGUUUUGUUAUCUGUGCCCAAGUCUCUGAACUUAGGUGAAGCCUGCUUGGUGGUUUUGUCUCUAAACAGAUGGUGAGCUUUCUAAGUUUUAAUAUAAGUAGAUAUUGACCUUUUUCGGGGUAAAUCUAUUUUAUUUUCUCAUUUCCUCUGUGUUUCCCUCCCAUUUGCUCAAUUUUAUUUUAAGUAUUUGGGGGUUAUGUCCCCAAUAUCAAAUAGUGCCUAAUACAUAGUAGUUACUUAAUAAAUAUUAGUUGAAGUAAUCAAUGAAAAUUGACAAGAUUAACAUCUUUCUAAAUUCUUAAAACUAUCUAUGUCUCUAAAUUUAAAGUAAUUCAGGGCAGGAGCUGUGGAAGUACUGGAUUUUUCUGUUAAUAGUGCUCUGCUAUAGGCUUUAAACUGUAAAGAAAUGAAAAAAAGGGAGUAGGGCUGGGUUUAUAGCCAUUGGAUCUCCUCUUUGUCCCUGAAUAUCAGAGUGUUGACUUGGACUGUGGGUUCUUUCUGUCCAGUAAAGUGAUGUGAUUUUGUAGCUGUGCUUACAGAUUCCAGAGGAUUUUCACAUACAGCAGCCCAUUUGGUCCUUACAAUGCCAUGAGGUGUACCCUGCAGGCAUUAUCUGUUUUUCAUAUGUGUUUCAAAGCAGUUCCGUGGUUUGUCAAGGUGAAACUGUAGAUAAAUGGAAGAACCAAAGUGUAAGUAGUUGGGUCUUCUUGUUCCUAGGUCCUUGCACUCAACAGGAAUUAGCUUUAUCUCUUUUGAGGAAUUCCUUGGGUAUGUAUGUUAACCCUUAAGGGCAAGUUAUAAACCAAAGUAUUUCUGUAGUGCAAAAUAAUUCUGUUCAGGAGAAGUGUUCUUUUGUGUUUUAAUCUUGGCAUAGUUAAAGAAAAAAUUGGCAGAUUUUUUUUUUACCUAAAGACAGGUAAAGUAUAUGGUAUUUAUUAGAGUUACUUAGACCUAAUUCUAUGAAUGAACUCAGUACUCACUGCCAGACCUUCCAUACAAAGAGUUCAUGUUUGAGAAUCGAUACUUCUGUCUUUUGCUGGAUAGGUGUACAGCUUUGCUUGUUGUUGGUUUUAUUUACAAUAGUUCAUCUGUUGUCAUUAUUUGUGAGCAGUACUUUGACUAGUUCAAACUCUUUGACCACGUCAUUCUCGCUUCAUUUCUUUGGAAACAUCACUUUACCUGAAGGAAGUAGGGCAACUGAAGGAGAACCCCUCUCCUCCAGUGGGAACUGCUCCCCACCCCCAGCAGAAGAAUUGAUGGGAUCAGACUUCUGCUCUCCUGGGUUAUAUGUCAUUAGUGUUUGUGUGACUUGUUCCUGGGUUACUGUUUCUCUCCUUUGCACACAAAUGGUGCAUCUGUGAUCUCAAUCUCCCCUCCUAGGUUUGCUUCUGGAAAUGUGCAUACAUUGUGCACUUAACUCCUGCUGCCUGUCGCUUGUCCUUGUUUCUACAAAUUAAGAGAUGAUUGGUAGUACUUUGGAAACGUUUCAUGAGCUGCCCAGCAACUGUGGCCUGCUUAGCAAAUGUGAGAAUCCUCCUCUGAUUAGUCUCCAACUUUUUCUUAUCUGUCACUUUUUCUUACAUUCCCUUGGAGUCCUUGGUGUGGAGUAGGGACUUUUUCAUAUUAAUUUCAUUAUAGACAACUGCUUUUUCAGGUGUGAGCUGUGUGUGUUGAAGGACAGGAGUACUUAUAUAAACAUGCAUUUGUUCUGUUGUCUUUCCCAGUGGUCCAGGUGCUUAAACAUUGACUUUGAAGAUAAUGUCCCUCAUAAUCAUCAUCUAUAUGUUAGUAAACAAAAGGAAGCAAUAUCACUCACAGGAAAGAACCAUUAAUAACUUAAUCAAUAUGGACUUUUUGUUUAUUGUUCUCAUAGAAAGAUAACUUUUAACUCGGGUUCCUGUUCCAUCGCUUAGAAAUAUCAGUACCUUCUGGUUUGAAAAUAGAGGACAUGUGACAUUUUAAUGAACUUAAGUUAUUAGCCAUUGACAGUUAUUAAUAAGUCAAGUCAAUAUGAUGGGAUUUUUCAAACUAGCACAUAACUAGUGUUGUCAGGAGAAGUAUAAGCUGCUACUUUUUUAUCAGCAGGCUGCCAGUGAAGCUGCCACAGAGGACGUUAACCCUGUGAGAGGUUUUCCUAACAUGCAACUUCUUACCUGUCUUUCAAGCAGUUGCUUUAAAAUUUAGUUCAUGAGGAAGCUGAAAGGUGUUUUGUACUCUUCAGGGUUACUGUUGUCUUUUCAUGAAUGUGUAUUGAGAUGGUUUGUAGGGUGGGACCUACUAUGCAAGCACACAGGGUGAUGUUUUUAAAGUGUUUCUUAGAGAGGAAUCACGGGCUGGAUUAUUUUGCAUGAGAUGCCAGAUUCAGAGCGCGAGGUCUCUCUCAGGCGCUCUACCACAAAGAUUCUGCGCCCUGGCCUGGGCUGGGGAUUUGAGUUAGGACUGAACCCUCCAGCAAAUUCUACCCAGCAAACAAGCUCUAGCCUAAGGAUCAGGGAGUGUGAGUGAGACAGAUGCAUCAAGCUCCUCAGUGCCUCACACUAUCGCCAGAGGUUUUGUCUUGGUGCCUGCCAUGGAGAAUCACAGUGCCCACCUGCAAGGGAGGAAUGAAGGCAGGACAGUGGUGUUCAUCCCUCCAUUUAAGUAGCAGGAGCGUAUGAGGCCCUGGAAUACUCUGAAAGCUGCGUAUGACAAUGAGCACGCACACAGAGAUCCUCCCUGUGGGGCUCGGUACUAGUUAGGGACACAGACCAGAGUCAGGGAAGUUUCUCACAGACAUGGGAGAUGAGCACACUGAAGAGAACUGGAGCCAAAAAGGGGUUUCAGUGGGUGGUGGGGCAGCAGGCUCUGUAAGUAAAUGAUGUUUGCCAUGAACAGGCAUGUUCCUAGAUGAGAAAGUGUUAGUGACUUUCAAGCUCUUUCUCUCUUUGUGCCUAAGCAGGUGAACUUGGAGAGCCUGUCUCUGUCUUCCUGUGCUGGCUCUUUAAGGAUGCUGCUGAGGGGGUCCCCAACCCCUGGGUUGUGGCUUUGGCAGAGAGGAUGGAGCAUUGUUGCAUUUCAUUGUGUCACAGACCAGUGAGAAAGGUCAGGCCAACUUCUACAGUCAGCGGCUACUCUUUGCUUAUCACAAAAGCACAGUGAUGGCACCUUCCAGAUCUGUCUUCUUAGGACUCCAGAAAGCAGUGUGUAGAGAAAAACCUCCUGCUUAUAGCAGCCCCCAGGACGCUGCUGAAGUUCAGACGGCCGUUUGUCGGGAGAUACCCUCCUUUCCACUUCCACCUGCUUAUAAAGGCAGAGAAAUGGAUUGUUCUAGCAGGCUUCCUCUGAAGCCCCCGGAUUGUCAUAGGCUCUUUAUGUGUUUUCACACACACUCACACGAAAGUAAAGUGACAAUGCUGUGGUUGCAGACUCCUUGAGAAACCUUUGUUUCUGCCUUUCUAUGCUGCAGUUGUCCAUGGCCCAAGUGACAGAGUCAGCAUAGCCAGGCCCCAGACUGCUCUCCCUGUAGUCCCCAUUCCUUGGUGCCUCAGUGGAUGGACAUUUCCUGGCUCUCACACUCCCUUGUCUGGUCAGGCAGACCUGAGUUACGGAAGAGAGGGUAGGGUAUUUAUUCCCAGAAGUAGCACCAAUUUGUCACCCUUUAAAUGGGUUUGUUUGCAGUUAAAAGGACCUUAGGGCAUCACUACUGCAAGCCUCUGGAUAAAUGUCUGGUACAGUUAAGUGCCUUCUCUGGCAUCAAUAUCCUCACAGUGUCGCAUCAGUCUGAGACGGUUUGAAUUCCCAGUUCUGCAUCCUUCUGCUCCCGAGUUGCCAACUCUGCAGGGGCAGAAUGCCUCCUGCCUAGCAACCUCAGGCUUUGACGGAGUCUGGAGUCUGCCCUUCUCUCGGAAGCAGCAGUCUUGAAUGCCUGGAGUCCCGUAGUCCAACUGGGACUAUUAGAAAUUUUUAUGUGUCUUUUUUAAAUGUUAGAGAACUGAAAGGGUAGAGUUGUGGUAAUACUGGAUCCAGGGAGCUUGAGUGAAAAGAGUGUGAACUUAACCUGAAAAUAUUUCUCUGUUCUAUAAAUCUCUCAGUGACAUUUGGAUUAAUCAAGCAUAAUUAAAUGUAGUUAGAUUUUUGUCAGAUUGUAGUUCAAAAUAAUAUUCAUCUAUGGAGAGGGUAAUAUAUUCUGUAGAAAUUUUAUUAAGCACUUUAGUUAAGCAAGUGCUACGGAGAACAAAAUCAGUCUCAGGAAGGUUAAUUACAAAAAAAAACCCCACAAAGUAUAGUAGAUUAUGUAAAUCAUUUUAAUUUUGAAUACCAUGGCUUGAGCUUUAAUUUACAUAGAGAGGUAUUUUGAAUUUGUUUCUUGCAUAGUUUCUGAAAGUACAAAGUUGUAAUUGCAUUCUUUAAAAGUUCUAAUCUUUAUAGGACUCUUACUAAGUUUGCUUAACUUUUUCAUGGUAUAGUUUCCAAAAGCAAAGAAUUAUAGUUGCAGGUUUUUAAAUGCAAUUAAUUAUUUUAGAAUUUCACUUGAGUUUGCUUCACUUGUAAGAAUUAUAUUUUUACUUUGCUAACUUUAAAGGAGUGGCCAUUUCAGGAGAAAUAGUGGGAGAGAGAAUGUAUGUGAAUGCAGCCCUCUGUGCCUGGUCUCUCAGCUGAUGAACUUUUUCUUUAAAAAAAAAAAAGGUAAAAAUGAGAGUUUAGAUUAUAAAAAUAAAUAUUUUUAUUUUAGUAAUUUCUGUAAAAGAAAAUAAAGAGGUCAGAUUGAUUUUACAUGUAUUUUUUUGUACUCAAGAGAAUGAGUUUCCCUUGUGUGUCUCAGGGAACAGCCUUGGCUGUGUAUCCCCAUGGGAAUCUUUGACACUACUGUGGUGUGUGCAGACUAUUAUAGAUAGUUCUUGUCUAAAUUCCUAGAGCUAGAGUUUCAAAAGUAUUGUCAUCUCAGAAGCCUAUGAAACUUAAAUAUUGCCCUUUUUGCUACUCAGAUCCUAUGUGCUUUCGGCUUUUUCAUGAGUGACAUCCAAAUGUUCUCUAGUGGGUAUACAGAGAUCUCUUCAUCACACUUAUCUGAGACAUUCACAGAGAGGGAAUGCCUACAAUUUAUUUUUGUUUGAUGAAUUUGCUUCUUAACUCAUCAGUGAGGGUUCUGUUUUCUAUCGGAAUUGAGUUAUUUUGGGAUAAUAAACUUUCAUUUAAAAGAACAUUCUAUUAAAUCUAACCUUUGCUAAGAUAAAAGUAUCCUGUGGAACUAAAUUCUUUGUGUAACUUUUGAAAAUGUGUCCAAAUCCAGCACACUGUCAAAGAUCACGUGCACUCUUGGCCCUGCAGUUAGCAGAGUGAUAUCUGACUCCGGUGCUUCUGACUGGCCUGUCUGCUCGACAGUUCAUCUUUGCCUCCUAGAGUAGUCAGAAUGGCAAACUAGAGGGAGCUGACUUAUAAGAGAGCUACUGAGUGUUUCAAGAUAUUCCAGCCUGAACAGUCUUUCUGAGAGAAAAUAAGAAUCUCAACAGUCUGUUCUAAUUUUUGACUCCCCAUCUAUGGUAGACAUUAAAAAGGCAGUUACAAAAAUUAAAUACAACUGGAAGUCACAAGCAUUCACCAUUUAGCCCAGCUAUGAAUGUAAUGUAGCUUUAAAAAAGUUUGGGAAAACAGGUUGGAUGUCUAUAAAUUAUGUCUAUAACUUAUACAUUCCUUUUGUCAUUUGAACUGUUGUAACCAUAGAAAACUUGAACCGUUAUUUUUAAAGACACUAUUUCCAUUAAGAACAGUUUGAUGCUUUUGUCUAGACAGCUGCUGAAGACAUGAUCCCGCAUGUUGAACGAGAGCAAAUGUUUUAGAAUAUUUACAGCUACAACCUGGGACCUCAGGGACCUGGGCACAUUGGAGGCUGCCAGCCUAGCUGUCGAGACCAUCCUAAAAUACAUAAUACAAGGGACUUGGCAAUCCCCUUUUCUCUAGCUGGCUGUGUAACUCCUUUUGGUGAAUGCCUCUCAUAAAGUUGUGGGGUAUCCUGCUUGCAUGUGAAUCUGACCAAUAUAUUCUGCAAAGAUAAAACAAGAGUUUUCAGACCUAGACUAAGGUAAAUGUGUCUGGAUUCUGAGCAGAUAGCCAAGACCAGGUGUAUUAGAAAAUGUUAAGCUGCCUUUAUUCAACACUGGAGGAAUCAAGUUCUAGUGCUUUCUCCUUUGUUUCCAUUGUGAUUUUUGCUAGUUUUUAUUUUUCUCUUCUCCUCAUGCUGCACUUCCCUAGAAUCAAAUGAUUUUUUUUUAAACCAGGGCUGUUUGAGUCUGUCCUAGAACAGAACAUGCCAUUUUAGUGUUCUGCCUAACCCUAGUAUUUGCUGAGUUCCUUGGUGUUAAAAUUAUCUCAAGUUGUAAUUACUGCUUCAGGUUUGUAUACACAUCAUGCCAUCUGUUGCUUUAAGUUAACAUCCUCACAAAAGUACACACAUGCUUGCAAUUUAAAUAUAGCCCAGAUGUAGGCCACAAAUUUUGAAUGCUUGAGAAAUGCUUGAAUCAAAUAAGAAAAGUCAACACAGAGCAAAAAAUAGACUAUUGUGAACAGAUUGAACAUUGUGUUUCAGUAUAAAGCUACUUAAGAAAAAUUGGCUGAUUUUCCCUCACUGUUCCUUAACCCAUAAGAGAAGUGUCUGAACUGAAACCACCAGCUGAUUUGGACACACACAGAGAGGGAGCGGUUCACAUAUAUAUGAGGGAAGCGUUCAUAUCAGUGUGUGCCACAAGUCCAAACCCUACCUGCGUCUGCCAGCGCAAUCAAGGCGUGCACAAGCCCCAAGGUCAUGGGCGAUUGUGAUUCUAGCGUGAGGCCCACACCUCUCAUGUCUGUUGCUGUUUUGUGACCUGGCUGGUCCCCCUUGUCAUGAGUGGAUGAUGACUCUAGUUUGAGGAAAUUUGUCACUCCUUGUUCUGUGCAUGGAGAAAAGUGUUCUGUUGUGAUUGUUGGCAAAACACAACCACAGACAUGUGGCCCAGAUAAUAGACCCCACAAGUUACGGAGCCAUCUGUCGUGUAUAUUCAUGUCACAGCCAAACUAGUCCUGGAGCACAUAGACAUUUCUGUACCACCACUCACUUUCGAAUAAUAAAAUGGUAGUUGUGAUU